ACCGCACCAGCCGUGGCGACAGCAGCGAGAGCGAGACCGACAUGCUGGUAUGUUCGGUUGUUGGUGUUCCGCUGGAAGAUUGGUUUGAUGAGGAUGACCAGGCUAGAGCUGCAGAGCUUCUUUAUUCCAGCGGCGAGGACAGUUUUCUCGACGCAUUAGACGCAAGCCGCGACCGCUCUCGCGGCCCCGGCGAACUUGACGGAGAGAGCGGCGACAAGGCUGAUGAUGAUGUUCAGCCUCAGGAAACCGGCGAAACAGAAGCUGUGGGAGACACGGGCGAAACAGCAGCUGUGGGAGGAGCCGGGCACGCAGCCUCUAGCGGUACAAGUGGUGAGACCGUCCGAAAAAGUUCGAGGACGAACCUUUUCGACGGGCUGUACGCCGACCCCGCCCGCGCACGAGACGGGGCACGCGGCCGAUGCAGUGGGCCUGGGCGAGGAACACGAGUGGUUUCGGGGGAUGGAGCCAAGGGGAGGUUUGCGGGGUUGAACAAAAAACGAUUGAAGCACAGAAGGCGCGAGGAGCGGAAGAAGACACCGGAAAAACGAGCGCGAGAGCGAGAAGCGCGAGAGCGAGCGCGAGAGCGAACGCGAGAGCGAACGCGAGAGCGAGCACUCAAAGCGCAGAGAAGGCGGGAGAACACGCCGCGAGAGAAAGAGCUCUUGGACAUCUACCAGAAAGUGGUGGACGCAAUAGACAAGGCGGAGCAGUCCAACAGCUACAGCGGUAUUGUGGAGGACCCGACGGAAAUGCUGACGGAAUCUCGUCUCCCGUCCAUCAUGCGUACCGCCUUGGCGAUUCGGGCGUACGCUGUCCUCGAGAUUGAGGAAGGUGUCAACAAGAUGCGGCACAGCCGCUACGUCGGAGAUGUGGUGAAAACCACAGCGCAGACGGUGCGCAAGUGGGUAAAGGAGUUCUGCCAAGACGGAAAAUUUCUCAUCAGAAAACGACUUUACGAGAUAAGCCAGGCGGACUCCUUCAUCGACCAUGAGGACAUCGCCGAGCGUUGCCGGGAGGAAAUCGACCGGCGGCUUUACCGCCGGAAGAAAACGGAUCCGCGGUUUCGUGUCUCGGACUUUCAGAGGUAAGGGGACGGACGUGAAAAUGAGAGAGCGCGCGGUGGGUGAACACUGUUCUUCUGAAAGAAGUGUUUUCCGGCGGAGGAGGCAUCUCUCGGACAACGGCGCACAGCUGGAUCUGCAGACUCGGCUUCAGGUGGAAGAAGAGCGGGAAGUGCGUCUACGUCGAUGGCCACAACCGCCCGGAUGUCGUCGAG